CUCUCCUCCUCGUCCCUCAUAUCCCUCCUCCUUCUCCUCCUCCUUCUCCAGCCUCUCUUCUCUUCUCUUCUUCUUCUCAUCCUCCUCCUCCCUCUCUUUUCGACAUUCGACAGGGAACCACAAGGAGAGAAAAGAAAAGAAAAGCAGCAUCACCAAACAUGUCGGAGCCUUCAGCCUCGGCCGCAAAGGCCCAGGCUUCGGCCUUUCCAGACGGCACAACCGACUACGUGCCUCUGCGGUCCAGCAGCUCCAAGUACGACCCCAAGAAGGUGCACAUCGCCGACACGCCCAUCACCUGGGGCAACUGGUACAAGCACGUCAACUGGCUCAACACCAUCUUCAUCGUCUUCAUCCCCCUCAUCGGCUUCAUCUCCGCCUACUGGGUCCCGCUCAAGGUGUCGACGGCCAUCUUCUCCGUCAUCUACUACUUCAACACGGGUCUGGGCAUCACAGCUGGUUACCACCGUCUCUGGGCUCACUCCUCCUACAAGGCCACCCUCCCCCUUAGAAUCUACCUCGCCGCCGUGGGAGCUGGUGCCGUCGAGGGCUCCAUCCGCUGGUGGUCCAGGGGCCACCGCUCGCACCACCGAUACACGGACACGGACAAGGACCCCUACUCUGUCCGCAAGGGCCUGCUCUACUCGCAUAUGGGCUGGAUGGUGAUGAAGCAGAACCCCAAGCGCAUCGGCCGCUGCGACAUCAGCGACCUCAACGAGGACGCCAUCGUCGUCUGGCAGCACCGCCACUACCUCAAGUGCGUCAUCUUCAUGGGCCUCGUCUUCCCCACCGUCUUCUGCGGCCUCCUCUUCGACGACUGGCUGGGCGGCUUCGUCUACGCCGGCAUCCUGCGCAUCUGCUUCGUCCAGCAGGCCACCUUCUGCGUCAACUCCCUCGCCCACUGGCUCGGCGACCAGCCCUUUGACGACCGCAACUCACCCCGCGACCACGUCAUCACCGCGCUCGUCACCCUCGGCGAGGGCUACCACAACUUCCACCACGAGUUCCCCUCGGACUACCGAAACGCCAUUGAGUGGUGGCAGUACGACCCGACCAAGUGGAUGAUUUGCCUCUGGAAGCUCACCGGCCUGGCCUACGACCUCAAGCAGUUCCGCGCCAACGAGAUUGAAAAGGGCCGCGUCCAGCAGCUGCAGAAGAAGCUCGACCAGAAGCGCGCCACCCUCGACUGGGGCACCCCGCUCGAGCAGCUGCCCGUCGUCGACUGGGACGACUUUGUCGCCGACUCCAAGAAUGGCAAGGCCCUCGUCGCCAUUGCCGGCGUCAUCCACGACGUCGGCGACUUCAUCCGCGACCACCCCGGCGGCAAGGCCCUCAUCAACUCGGCCAUUGGCAAGGACGCCACGGCCAUCUUCAACGGCGGCGUCUACAACCACUCCAACGCCGCCCACAACCUGCUGUCCACGAUGCGCGUCGGCGUCCUGCGCGGCGGCUGCGAGGUGGAGAUUUGGAAGCGCGCCCAGUUCGAGAACAAGGACGUCACGUACAUUAACGACUCUGCCGGCCAGCGCAUUGUGCGAGCCGGAUCCCAGGUCACCAAGGUUGCCCAACCCGUUGCCAGCGCCGAUGCCGCUUGAAGUGGUUGUGCAUGAGUGUGUAGAGAGGGAAAAGCAUGCAAAGACGAGACAUGAAGGGUUGCGGGGUCCAUAUCAAUCAGACAACGUUGCCUUUUCGUCUUGUUUUGAAUGCGGAACAGACAGAAAAUCAUGAAUUGGCGUUUUUGAGGGGAUCAUUUUGUUUUUGUUUUUUCAAAGGGGCCUUGCUGGAUUGGAGAGGCUGGGUCAAAAAGGGGCGUUUUCACUUCACUUUCCUUUCUUUUACAAGCAGUAUGAAUGAAGAAGACUAGAGCAUCAUUCCGCACUCUUUUUUAUAUCAAUCAAAGAGAGAGCAACCCACUCAAUGCAUAUACAACUCAUAUAUAUAUAUUUACCAUUCAAACAUUGAUAUUGAAUUGAU